UUCCUCGUGCGUCCACCUGAAGGGGGCGGGGCAAUCGCGGCGGCCAUUUUGUCUGCGGGUGCCCUGUGCUCUGGCGGCUGCGGCGGCAGUAGUGAUAAGAAAGAGAAGCGGCCGUGGCGUCUUUUCCUCUCGUCCAGCUUCCCCGACUAAAGCUUCUCGCCGCGAUGCUGUCCGUGCGCGUAGCCGCCGCCCUCGCUCGCGCCCUGCCCCGGCAGGCCGGCUUGGUGUCUCGGAAUUCUUUGGGUGCAGCAUUUGUUGCAACAAGGAACCUCCAUGCCUCCACAACAAGUCUACAGAAAACUGGCACUGCUGAAGUAUCGUCUAUUCUUGAGGAGCGUAUUCUGGGUGCUGAUACCUCUACUGAGCUAGAAGAAACUGGCCGUGUGCUUUCAAUUGGUGAUGGUAUUGCCCGUGUAUAUGGCCUCAGGAAUGUUCAAGCAGAAGAAAUGGUUGAGUUCUCUUCUGGGCUGAAGGGUAUGUCCCUGAACUUGGAGCCUGACAACGUUGGUAUUGUUGUAUUUGGUAAUGACAGGUUGAUUAAGGAAGGGGACAUUGUGAAGAGGACAGGAGCCAUUGUGGAUGUCCCAGUUGGUGAAGAGCUGUUAGGACGUGUUGUCGAUGCCCUGGGAAAUGCCAUUGAUGGGAAGGGUCCCCUCACUUCCAAGACCCGCAGGAGGGUUGGCCUCAAGGCCCCUGGGAUCAUUCCUAGGAUCUCUGUGCGUGAGCCCAUGCAGACUGGCAUCAAGGCCGUAGAUAGCUUGGUACCGAUUGGUCGUGGUCAGCGCGAGUUGAUUAUUGGAGACAGGCAGACUGGCAAAACUUCAAUUGCUGUUGAUACCAUCAUCAACCAAAAACGAUUCAAUGAAGGAACUGAUGAAAAGAAGAAGCUGUACUGUAUUUAUGUUGCAAUUGGCCAGAAGAGAUCCACUGUGGCCCAGCUGGUGAAGAGGCUUACUGAUGCGGAUGCCAUGAAGUACACUAUUGUAGUCUCUGCUACAGCCUCAGAUGCCGCCCCUCUUCAGUAUUUGGCUCCUUAUUCUGGCUGCUCCAUGGGUGAAUACUUCAGGGACAAUGGCAAACAUGCUUUGAUCAUCUACGAUGACUUAUCCAAGCAGGCUGUUGCCUACCGCCAGAUGUCUCUGUUGCUGCGUCGUCCCCCUGGCCGAGAGGCCUACCCUGGUGAUGUGUUCUACCUACACUCUCGUCUUCUAGAAAGAGCAGCCAAGAUGAACGAUUCCUUUGGAGGUGGCUCUCUAACUGCCCUUCCUGUCAUUGAGACACAAGCUGGUGAUGUGUCAGCCUACAUUCCAACUAAUGUCAUCUCUAUAACUGAUGGGCAGAUCUUCUUGGAAACUGAACUGUUCUACAAAGGUAUCCGCCCAGCCAUCAACGUUGGUCUGUCUGUGUCACGUGUUGGUUCUGCUGCUCAGACAAGGGCUAUGAAACAGGUGGCCGGAACCAUGAAACUGGAACUGGCUCAGUACCGGGAAGUAGCUGCUUUUGCCCAGUUCGGAUCAGAUCUAGACGCUGCUACCCAACAGCUGCUCAAUCGUGGUGUGCGUCUGACUGAGCUGCUUAAACAGGGACAAUACGUUCCCAUGGCUAUAGAGGAACAAGUGGCUGUUAUCUAUGCUGGGGUGAGAGGCCACCUGGACAAACUGGAGCCCAGCAAGAUCACCAAAUUUGAGAGGGCUUUCCUUGCUCAUGUUCUGAGUCAGCACCAGGCCCUUCUCUCCACAAUCAGGACUGAUGGGAAGAUAUCUGAACAAACAGAAGCCAAGCUGAAGGAGAUAGUCAUAAAUUUCCUGGCAACGUUUGAAGCAUAAACUCUUUAACAGUUCUUUUGUCACUGAACGCUGUAGUACUCUGGUUCCAUUUUCCCCCCAGAGACUUGAUAAAAGGUAUGUGUGGGUUGAAUGUACAGAUAUCAUUGAGAAUUAAAGGUUUCGUGUAAAGAAGUCUUGUGGAUGCAGUCCUCACUGUGACAGAGACCCGUUGCCAACCAACAAAGUUUGUGUUCAGAACUAUAUGGCAAAUAAAAUCGGUGUGAACCGUGAAUGAA